AUGAGGUUUCUUUCCCCGUCUUCCGUUCUUCUUUUAUUGUUAGCACUGGCUUACAAUUGCCAUGCCUUUAAUAGUGCUGCCAAUCCAUCUGCCAUCGUAAAGAGCGGCGCCCUUGCUGAUUUUGAUUUUAUUAAUCAAGACAAACUGCCGUGGAUUAAGGAAGGGUACAAUACUUACAAAUGGAGAGAUCAAGAAAUCAAUUACAUUGAAAUGGGUGACUCUUCCAAGCCAGCGCUUGUGUUGAUCCAUGGUUUUGGGGCUUCAUCCUAUCAUUGGAGGUACAACAUUCCUGCUCUGGCUCGAAAAUACCACGUCUUUGCCUUUUGCAAACUUGGUUUUGGGCUUUCCAGCAAACCCAUUGUGGAAUAUUCGGCUGAUGUUUGGAGAGAUCAAACAGUCGACUUUCUCAAGGAUGUCGUCCAAAAGCCAGCAACAUUGGCAGGAAAUAGCUUGGGUGGCUACACUUCCCUUUAUACUGCCGCAACUGAAGAAGCGAAGUCUUUGGUGAAUGGAGUGAUUCUCUUGAAUGGAGCUGGGAGAUUUCGAGACAGUCGUAUGGAGGAAGAGCCAAAGGAGCCGAAUUCAAUCAUCAAAGCCAUUCAGACAGGCUUUCUGCGCUUCAUCAUUGGAGCAUCCUUCGUCAUUACCAAGCAGCCAGCCAGAAUCGAGCAAGUCCUCCGACAAGUUUAUCCCAAUAACGACAAGAACGUCGAUCAGGAACUUGUAGAAUCAAUUCGUUUUCCUGCGGAAGAUCCAAAUGCAUCCGAAGUUUUCUACCGAGUCAUUACCAAGAAUGGAUCGGGGUCGACUGUUUAUGUUGAUGAUUUGUUGAAGAAGAUGGACUGCCCACUGCUUCUGUGUUGGGGUGAGAAUGAUCCAUGGAUUCGACCACAGGCCGCCGACAAGGUCCAACAGAUUUACCCCAAGAGUCAGCGUGUCAGUAUCAAUGCUGGACACUGUCCGCAUGAUGAAGAUCCGGAGGCAGUCAAUUCGGCAAUUAUAGAUUUCAUGGAUGGGAUUGCAGCAACACAAAAAGCUUAG